AUGACCAACAAUCCUACGGCGACAUCGACGACCACGACGCUCCGCCCGCGCCGCCGCGCUCCCCAUCCGCACCCUCAGCGCUCCCCCUCUCCAACCCCCACAAAGCAAUGGAGCACGCUGCAGUCUCUGGCGCCCUCCUUCCUGUCCACGCCAUCGAGCUCCAAUCCCCCAGCUGCAGCAAGUAAAAGCUGGUUCUCCGACUUCCUUUCGCUGCCACCGUCCUCGCCGCCCCGCUCUCGCCGCCCCACAAAGGCAUUCGACACCUCACCGCCGACCUCCCCGCCCGCCACUACUACUACUACCAAACACGAGCCGCAGCUAGUCUACGUCCACCCCGUAACGCCCUCCACCACGCUGCAGGGGGUGAUCAUCGCCUUCGACACGAAUGCCUCCUCCGUUCUCCGCACAAACCAGCUCUGGCCUGGCGACCCACUGCAGUCGCGGGGGGAGCUAUUGAUUCCCGUCGAUGCAUGUCGGAUCAAGGGGAGUCCCCUGGGCGAUGGAGGAGGGGGUGGGGGAGGGGGUGGGGAGGGGGACGCGGACGUGGGCGACGAGGAGAAGCGGUGGAAACCGCACAGCUACACCAUGCUCCCGGCGCCGCUGGGGAAGACACAGAUCGGGCUGCUGUACCCACGGCGGCCGGCGCGGCGGCGGAAAUCAGCCGUGCAGGAGGAGGAGGAGCACAGAGAGGCGCCGCCGGAGAUGAAUGGCGAGAGGAAGCCUGCGUGGAUGAAACCUGGUGUCCACAGCUUUCAUCCCGAGACUGAGGCGGCGCUGCCUGAGUGGGAGGAGCUGGUGAAGGGCGCCGAGGUCGUUGGCGGGACCGUCGAGGGCUGGGUACGCAGGCUCGGCGAGGGGAUUAAAUCUGCCGCCGCGGUGGAUUUCGGCGGCGAGCUUAUUGAGAUGGUUGCCGGGGUGGGCGGGGAGAGCGUAGGCUCGAGUGUCGCUGGGAGCUCGACGAGUGGCAGGCGGCCGACGAGGAGGCGGAAAUUUAAGAUGGAAGAUAGGAGUGGUGAGGGGGAAGAGGACGGCGCGGGAGAGAGGUGGAGAGAUGUUUAGACGUGAGGACGUUGCUUUGCUUAUUUUUUUUUGGCGUUACGGUGGGUUGGUGCUGUCGCUUGCUUACUUGCGAGUUUCUUUCCUUGUGUCGUGGAUGCAUUUAUUUACUUAUUCCCUUCGGCUGUCCUUGAUAUUGGUAUAUCGUCGUACCACUACACUACUAGCAUGUGCAUCUGUUUUGCUUUUGUCUGUUAUAGGUUUGCUUAAUUGUUACAUUGUGGAGAUUGUUAUACGUCGAAUUGUACAGAUUCCCAUACGAUAGAUGGUAGUUACGUCGUGGUGGUGGUGAUCCAGCUCCAGCUACAUACGAGUGCAUCACCGAAUUUCAGGAAUCAUGUGACAAAAGAGUUUCGCUGGUAUGAUGUACCAGUACUUGGUGACUUGAGUGUUCCAUCAUUGUGGCUUGCAUCUUUCGUGUGGCGGCGGCGCAAGCUUAGUUCGAGUCACGCUUGCUUC